GGCCACACCAUCUGCUGCCGGCCCUUUGAGGCUGCAGCUCAUCUCCAACCCUUUCGUUGCUAUGGAUUUUAUUUUGUCUGUUGUUCUUGUCCCGGGAAACCCCCAUUGCGGGGACUCUCUCACAUAGAGACUACAGUGUUUUGCAAGAGCUCGUCGCCUGCUAGAUGAUCGCCACCAAGAUAUUGUCUGCAUUUCCCCGAUACUUUAAUAGAAUUGUUCAAUUUGUUGCCAGAUACAUUUAGAUCGAGAAGAAUUGAUUCCUACCUACGAAGCAGCGCAACGAUACUCUUUGAAAGAUAAUACAAUGCAUUUAGAUUACCUAGCGACGGAGCUUCUACUCCAUAUCUUUCGCUCCUGUGGCUCAGUUUCUGACAUUUUGAACCUGGCAUCGACCUGUAAACGUCUGCGUCACGUUUUCCACAAGCUACCAAACAAACUGCAGAUCCUAGCGAAUGCAGCCGAGGUAGAGUUCGGUCCUGUCGAAGAUAUUGUUCAAUUGGUCACAUACAAUGCGAGCCAGCCAGCUCAUAUAUUACGCAAUGCCCCCAUGACCGAUGCCCUCCUCAGACAGAUCAUUCAAAUUGGCCGAGUCGCCCAGAGAUGGGAAUCAAUCUACCCCGUUAAGAAAUGGAAGGUUGAUUACGAAUGUCGUCGCUCUCUGACGGGUGAGGGGCGGUAUCGCCUGCGACGAGCGGUGUAUCGGCUCUGGCUUUAUCACCGUGCUUUCCACGUGGGAUACUACGACCGCUUCACGCGCCAUCUCCUGCAUGUCAUCGCUCAGCGUGCACAGCUACUUCAUAACUGGACCACUGCUGAGCUGGCCGAGAUCGAGGAUCUGCGGCUGAUUAUGUACGAUAUUGUGCAAAACCAUAUAUGUCCCAGCAACGGAGCCGUCCAGCGCAAAUUCCGUAAACGCUACCCGGAAAGCAACUAUCAACUGAACUUUAACGUGCAUCUAAACUAUCCCGCCAAUAGCAAUUCCCAUCACGCUUCCCUGCCUCAUUCAUCUCCCCCAUUCUUGAAGGACUCUUUCCACGACGCUAGUCCAACAGACUCCAUCGAGCAUUAUUUUCACACUGCCCAUCCUACCAUGCACAGCGACCUCGCGAAAUACCAGUCCAGAUUCCGGAAUGAUUUCUUCCACGACCCUGGCUAUGAAGGCUGGGGGGAUGAGAUUCCACAUUACUACGUCGUGCAGGAUAUGAUGAAGCUGGACCCCGGCCAGAUACUCUGGCUGCGUGACCAUGCCCCACUCAAACAGCAGGUGGAGGAGUUUGUGCGUUCCUUAGGUGAUUGGUUUCGGGAUAAUGGUGAAACAUUCGGCGAUACGCUCGAAUGGGUCAUGAGGCAAAGAGGUGAUGAUGUUGGAGAGCUCAGAGUCGCGAUUGAUGAAAGGGAGAUGGGCAUUGUUCUGGAUAGUUAAUAUUAUGUGCUCUGCUUGAUCAGUGAUGUAUGGGGGGUAUGUAUCCACGUGGUCUAUGUUUUAUCAGUAGUCUAGACACGUUACAAUAUCUUUCAGGAUAGCCAUAAUGUUGCUUGUGGAAAUCCCAGAUGAAUAGAAAUAUUCCUACUACCGGC